CCACUCAGCUCGAAUGAGCCCCUUGAGAACAGGAAGCUGUGACUUUCAGAGAAAUGAGCAAAAGAUUUGCGACACAUAACUCCAGGUGCCAGGUGAAAUGUAAAAAGAUGUCACUGACUGUUUUCUUUAUUAAGCUGCUGUUGGUGCAUUACACAACCCAGAGUAAUGUCAAAGCGUCCUGCAAUCAAGAUGUUACACUUACAUGUCCAUGUCCGGACCUUGAAAACCUGGAUUUUCUCUCAGUGACAUGGUACAAGCUCAACAACCUGAAAAAAAAACGGCAUAUCAGGAGAAGGAAAGGUGAACACGUGACGAAUACCUACGGCUACAUUCGUCCUGCAGAAUUUGGAAAGGAGUACAGUUUGGUUCUUCCCAGUGUGACACCUAACGAUUCAGGCACCUAUGAAUGCGCCAUCAGUGCCAACAUAGGUGGUCAAAAUAGGAAUUUACAAGUCCAUCUUACAGUUGAUGAGUGCGUGACCCAGGCUCAACCGAAAACCCUGUUGAAUGCAACUCCCACCCUACCCUGCCACAAUCAAGUCGAGGAUCUGCCAGUUAUGUGGAGUAUUAUUGGCUAUGUGGCAGUGGGCUUCGUCAAAAUCCUUUUAUCUAUAAUCAUCAUCUGGGUUAUUCAUAUGACAUCUUCAAAACAACAUCAGCGUAGGUGGUGAAGCUGACCGACCAAACUGAUAAGAAGUGAUCUUCUUUUCACAUUUUUUAAUUUCUUGUCUUUUACUUGUUUUCAGAGAAAUUUAUGUAUUUUUUUUCUCCAUUUCUCCGUAACAACUGAAACAGGCAUGAGAGGAUGUAAGCCCUAUGUAGAGGAACUAACAUCACAAUCGUACACACAUGCCAAGUGAACUGAAUCUAUUGUAGUAUAUGACCCCUGAACUGUGACAACUGAUACAUCAUAACAUCAAAUGAAUGUUUAUAUUUUACAGUGAAUUCAGACGAAUUACAGAAACUCAGAUAUGCCACCACCAAAUACCCAAAGAGUUUAAAUCACAAAGUUCAUUGCUUAAAUGUAAAAUCUACUGUUUUUAACUUUUCUGUUCUAAAGAAAUGGAUUUGCUUCAACUUUAUCCAUGAAAGUUUAGCAAAUGGCUCAUUGAGGUUGUGGGUUUUACCCACAACCUGUUACACUUCCUGUCUUGCUCUAAAUACAUCAUCAUUUUAUUUCCACCCUAAAAGGGUGAAAAGUAAAUUAUGUCAUACUGAAAAAGAUGACUCUAUUUCCUGUUUAAGAAGUGAGGCGAAAGAUUGGCAGAGACGUAACAAUAAAAUAUAUCUGAUAAAGAUCUGUUCAUGCUGUCUGGUUUGUACCGGCUUUCACUUUUGGCUAUGUAAAGAAAUCCAGCAGCUUUUAUCCAGCAGACACCUGCAGUAAUCAUCCCGCCAAUCAUCACAGAGGAGUGACCAUCUACCGCUGAGUUCUCCUCCUGGUUUACAAAGUCAGACCAAAGCAGGAAACACAUCACACUGAUCACUUCCCAUUGUAAAUAUUGAUAAGAGAUUUUCCAAGAGGCGUCUCACUGAGAGCAGCUCAGCAGGUACAGAGUGUGGACAAUAACAUGCACAGAUCACCACCUACUGGCAAAUCCUCAGACAACAACACCACAGUCAGACAAAAAAAAAAGAAAAUAAAUAAAUAAAUAAAAACCUAAUGAACUAAAUCAUCAAGAUUUAUUUUAGUGAAUGUUAGAA